GAAGGCAACUGAGCUGCCGACCGAAAAGCAUGUGUACCUCAUGUUUUUCAUAUGGCCGCGAUAUAAGAUGUUUGAGUGAAUCGUGUACGUAUCUUCACAUUCCUACCCAUCCCACAAGAUGCGAUUCGACAUUUUCAAACGGCUUGGUCCCCGCAACAGCCCACCUGGUUCUCCUAUGAUGGAAGACCCUGCUAUGGACACUUGGCACGGAUACUCUCAGACACACGAGGGCAGCAGGGGUUCUGGGUCAGAUCAUUCUCCCACUCAAGCCAGUGGUGGAUCGACCAGGCGGCGUCGUCUACAGAAACGUGCGUCUGGCUCGCAGCCUCAAUAUCGUCGCGCUAGCCGCGACACCGGCUAUGCUACAACUACAACGGAUUCUAUGGAAUCCUUUGAAAUACUUCCUAAUCCUGAAUCAGAAGUCGGGGUCUACCAUCGCAAUCCGGAUCCAUUGUCGCCAACUUCCGGCCCAGGAAGAUUCUACUACAAAGAUUUUUCCGCGGAGGAUUUGACAGAAGACAGUCAUGGGUUAACGCGAUCCCAUCCUAAACCCAUCAACAAGCUCCCUCCUCCAAUGGAAAGCACGCGGCAAGGUGUAGAGCAUCAGCCGACUCAAAUACCCGUCUACGAGGAAGGGUACAGUCUCCGGCCAUCUUCUCUGGGAUAUAGCCGAGUGGAAAGUCCUGUUCUUCCGUCACUGUUUGAUGGAAAUCCUUCACAGCUACCCACGUCAGACUCCAGCUCAUUCAAAUACGAUCAUUCAGAUCCGAUGUUGCAAGACGUACCACGUAGCACGCCUACGUAUCACGACCCGGAGAUGGGUGUUUCUCCUUCGGUUCCUGUACACCACUCUCAUACAGAGGAGACACCUCCUCGGAGACACUCACAUCAUUCACGCUCUCAUCAUCACAAGCGGAGCCGUCACAGGAGUUCUCACGACCAGGAGCGCAAGAAGCCGUCCACAUAUUACAUAGUUCCUGGUGGAAUGAGGGUGAUAUUCCGAGACAGGGAAGGUAAUGAGAUCACCCGGGUGGGAAACUGGUCAGAGACACGACAAAAGCAUAUAUCACCCAUUAUUGUUCAAGACGAGAACGGAAAGGUCCUAUACAGAUCAGAUUCAGACUCGCAGUCUUCAAGCUCGCCAUCGCCGCCACGAAUUCCACGAACACCAUCAGGUGCGGAGUGGCAAGGCUCGGCAUGCCCUAACUGCACACGACAACGGAGCUCGACUUCUUCGUGGCAGUCAACCCCCCGAAGUUAUAUCUCAUAUCCAAGGGAUGAGCGACCUAAUAUAGUCUUAAUAGAUGGUGAAGGCCGGCAGAUACCCCUGUAACCUUGUUCUAUGACAAAGUAUGCCUAAGGUUGUAUGCAUAUGUUUUACAAGCGAACAUGGCUCGGCGUUUACUAGUACUAGUUGUCUUCCGCAGUACCAUAACAUGCAAAAAAGGUGAUCAAAUAACCUCAUCUACGCCCUCGACCAUAGCUGCGGCCACGAGUGCCUAAGCCUCGAUGUGACCUGCCUUGAGCCUUA